AUGAAUUAUUCUCAUUUCAUUGGCGGUAAUGCCGUAGACAGCGCUAAGCCAUCUCCACUCAAGGACUUUGUCAAGCUUCAUCAAGGACACACGGUAAUCUCUAAAGUUCUUAUCGCAAACAACGGUAUCGCUGCAGUUAAAGAAAUCAGAUCCGUGAGGAAGUGGUGCUAUGAGCAAUUCGGUCAUGAAAGAGCUGUAGAAUUCGUAGCUAUGGCCACUCCAGAAGAUUUAGCUGUUAACGCUGAUUACAUUCGUAUGGCUGACGAAUAUGUCGAGGUUCCUGGCGGUUCAAAUAACAACAACUACGCAAACGUUGACUUUAUCGUUGAUGUCGCUGAACGCGCUGGUGUCCAUGCUGUAUGGGCUGGUUGGGGUCACGCUUCUGAGAACCCAAGAUUGCCUGAAAUGCUUGCUCAAUCUCAAAUUGUCUUUAUCGGUCCCCCUGGCUCUGCUAUGCGUAGCUUGGGUGAUAAAAUCUCUUCCACCAUCGUUGCUCAGUCCGCUCACGUCCCUACAAUGGCUUGGUCCGGUACUGGUAUCUCUGACACAACCCUCUCCCCUCAAAACUUUGUUACCGUUCCAGACGAAGCUUACAAGAACGCUACCGUCACAACCGUCGAGCAGGGUCUCGAGAAGGCUCAAUCAAUCGGUUUCCCUGUCAUGAUCAAAGCAUCUGAAGGUGGUGGUGGUAAGGGUAUUCGUAAGGUUGAAGAUGCCGCAGAUUUCCCUCUCAGUUUCACCGCCGUUCUUGGUGAGGUUCCUGGCUCUCCUGUUUUCAUCAUGAAAUUGGCCGGUGCUGCUAGACAUUUGGAGGUCCAAUUGCUCGCUGAUCAAUAUGGAAAUGCUAUCUCACUCUUUGGUCGUGAUUGUUCUGUUCAACGUCGUCACCAAAAAAUUAUCGAAGAGGCUCCAGUCACCAUUGCCGGUGAGGAACAGUUCGAGCAGAUGGAAAAAGCUGCUGUACGGUUGGCUAAGCUCGUCGGUUAUGUCUCUGCUGGUACUGUUGAAUAUCUCUACUCUCACUCCGAAGAUAAGUUCUUCUUCUUAGAACUUAACCCACGUCUUCAAGUUGAGCAUCCAACGACUGAGAUGGUUUCAGGUGUCAACUUACCGGCUGCCCAAUUACAAGUCGCCAUGGGUAUUCCACUUCACAGAAUUAGAGACAUUCGUACGUUAUACGGCAAGACCCCAACUGGUGAAUCCCCGAUUGACUUUGACUUCUCUUCAUCCGAAGCCCUUCAAACUCAGCGUAAACCAAAACCAAAAGGACACGUCGUUGCUGUACGUCUUACUGCAGAAGACCCUGAUGCAGGUUUCAAGCCAUCUGGCGGUACUGUACAUGAAUUGAACUUCAGAUCAAGUCCAAACGUUUGGGGUUAUUUUGCUAUUGGAGCAAGGGGUGGUCUUCACUCAUUAGCUGACUCUCAAUUCGGUCAUUGUUUCUCUUACGGUGCUGACAGAUCUGAAGCUCGUAAGAACAUGGUCGUCGCACUUAAGGAGAUCUCCAUUAGAGGUGAUUUCAGAACGACUGUUGAAUAUCUCAUCAAGCUUCUCGAGACACAGGCAUUCGAAGAGAACACCAUCACUACAGGAUGGUUGGACACUCUCAUAUCGAACCGCCUCACUGCCGAGCGUCCAGACCAAUACUUAGCUGUCAUUUGUGGUGCACUCGUUAAGGCUCACGUCGCAAGUGAGGAGAGCUGGGCUGAAUACAGAGCCAUUCUUGAGAAGGGUCAAGUUCCACCAAAGGAGAAGCUGCAAACCAUUUUCUCUGUUGAUUUCAUCUACGAAGGUACGAAAUACAACUUCACCGUCACCAGAUCUUCAUUGCUUGGUUGGACCUUAUACCUCAACGGCAGCGCAACCAAGGUUACUGCUCGUCCCCUUGCUGAUGGUGGUUUGUUGGUUCUUUUAGAUGGUAAAUCACACAGUGUCUAUUGGAGAGACGAGUCGAUUGCAUGGAGGGUUAUGAUUGAUGGAAAAACUUGUCUCAUUGAGCAAGAAAACGACCCCACACAACUCCGUUCUCCAUCUCCAGGUAAACUCGUCAGAUACCUUGUUGAAAGUGGUGGUCAUAUUCGUGCUGGCCAACCAUUCGCUGAGAUUGAGGUCAUGAAAAUGUACAUGCCUCUAAUCGCUACGGAAGAUGGUUCACCUAUGUUCAUUAAACAAGUUGGUGUAGCUUUGCAACCUGGUGAAGUACUUGGUAUUCUUGCCCUCGACGACCCAAGCCGAGUCAAGCAUGCUAAGCCUUUCGAGGGCCAAUUACCAGCCUUUGGUCCACCAUCUCUUCUUGGCAACAAACCACACCAACGUCAAGCAUACUUGGUCGACGCUAUUAACACCAUUCUUGACGGUUACGACAACCUCUCAAUCAUGCAACCUACUUUGAAGGAAUUGAUUGAGGUUUUGCGUGAUUCUCAGCUUCCAUACGCUAUGAUGAGUCAAUUACUUUCAACUCUUUCAGGUCGUAUUCCAGCUAGGCUUGAGGAUGAUAUUCGUGAGCUUGUAGAAUUACACCACUCGCAGCAAGUCGAAUUCCCUGCCGUCAAAGUUGUUGAUCUUAUUGAAGCUUACACUAUUGCAAACAUUCGUGCACAAGACCGUGCUACCUUUAGAUUAAGUGUCGGACCAAUCAUUGAAAUUGCGGAACAAUUCAGAGGUGGUCUUAAGGUUCACGAAUGGACAGUACUAGCUGGCUUCAUCAACAAGUACGUUGAAACUGAGAAUUUGUUCGGACUUGGUGAAGAUCGUGCUGCUUUAGCAUUGAGAGAGCAAUACCGUGACAACUUAGAGCAAGCUGCUGCCGUCGUUCUUUCUCAUGUUAAGGUUCAAUCCAAGAAUAGACUCAUGCACGCAAUCUUAGAUCUGAUUAAGGGUGGUGGUAUCAACUUCACCCACUCUGACAACCCAUUGAAUAAGUCACUCAAGGAGCUCGCUGAUCUUGAUACCAAGCUCAGCACCAAAGUUGCUCUCAAGGCUAGAGAAGUUCUUAUCUUGACGCAGAUUCCUUCAUACGAAGAGCGUGUCGGUCAAAUGGGCGAUAUCUUAAAGUCUUCAGUCACAACAAAUCUUUAUGGUGAGAAAGGACAAGAAUUUUCAAUGCCAAACGUCGAAAUACUCAAGGAACUCACCGAUUCUCGCUACACUGUCUUUGAUGUCUUGACUACUUUCUUUGCUCACCAAAACCCUUGGAUAUCUUUGGCUGCUCUCCAAGUCUACGUUUCACGUGCCUACCGUGCAUACACAGUUCUCGGUGUUGACUACCAUCCAAGUGAAGAAGUCGAUGCCCCUCACAUCGUUACUUGGCGCUUCCGUCUGGGUCAAUCACCAGACGCACCUCAAACGCCACGUGUCGACUCGUUCAAGGACGUCACAAGAGUUGGUUCAAUGUCAGAUCUCACAUACGCUGUUAAGCGCAACUCACUCGAGCCACUUCGCAUGGGUGCCAUUGCUUCAUUUAACAACUUGUCUGCUCUUCAAGUUGGCAUCAACAAAGUUCUCGCUAUGUACUCUCACUUUGAUGCUCCAAAGCACUACGAACGUUAUGGCGAAGGUGCACAACCACCAAACGUUCUCAACUUGGCUGUAAACGCCUUUAACAAGGAGGACGAUUUAAGCAACGAAGCAUGGUUGGAGAGCUUCAUUGAAUUGACCAACCAAGUUGGCGAUAAGAUCAGAGAAUGCGGUAUUAGAAGAGUCACCUAUUUGAUCAACCACAAGGGUGAAUACCCCUGGUUCUAUACCAUGCGUGAUGUAAACGGUAGAUGGAUCGAACAAGAGGAAAUCAGAAACAUUGAGCCAGCUCUCGCCUACCAACUCGAGCUUGGUAGACUCUCCAACUUUAAGAUCACACCUUCGUUUGUUGAGAACCGUCAAAUUCACAUUUAUCAUGCUCAAGGUCGUGAGAACGCAUCUGACAACAGAUUUUUCAUCAGAGCUUUGGUUAGACCUGGUAGACUACGUGGCUCGAUCCGUACAACUGAUUACUUGAUCUCUGAAUCAGACAGACUUGUUGGGGAUAUCCUCGACGCUCUUGAAGUUGCAGGCGCAGAUCAUCCAACUGCUGACUGUAACCACGUCUCUCUUAACUUCCUCUACAACCUCCGCGUUUCAUUUGAUGAAGUUCAAGAAGCACUUGCUGGCUUUAUCGACCGCCACGGCAAGCGUCUCUGGAGAUUGAGAGUUACCGGAGCUGAGAUUCGUAUCGUUCUUGAAGAUGAAGAGGGUAACGUUCAACCAAUUAGAGCUGUUAUCGAGAACGUCAGUGGAUUCGUCGUCAAAUACGAGGCCUACCAGGAAGUCGAGACUGACUCAGGCUCAAGUAUCCUUAAAUCGAUUGGACCACAAGGUGCUCAUCACUUACAACCAGUUAACGCACCCUACCCAACCAAAGAGUGGCUUCAACCAAAGCGUUACAAAGCCCACGUUAUAGGGACAACCUAUGUGUACGACUUCCCAGAUCUCUUCCGUCAAGCUCUUCGCAACGUCUGGGCUACCGCUCUUCGUAACGCUCCAGGUUUGAAUGUACCAGAAGACCCACUUGUUGCGUCGGAAUUGGUUCUCGAUGAGCACAACCAAUUACAAGAAGUUAACCGCAAGGCUGGUUCCAACACAAUCGGUAUGGUUGGAUGGAUCUUCACCAUGAAGACACCAGAGUACCCACAAGGUAGACGUACAGUGAUCGUUGCUAAUGAUAUCACCUAUCAAAUUGGUUCUUUCGGUCCACUCGAGGACGAGUACUUCUUUAAGGUCACUGAACUCGCUCGUGCCUAUGGCCUUCCAAGAAUAUAUCUAUCUGCUAACUCUGGUGCUCGUAUUGGUUUGGCUGAGGAAAUCAUGAACAUGUACUCUGUUGCCUGGAACGACGCUAGCAAGCCAUUAAAGGGCUUCAAGUAUCUCUAUCUCACACCUGAGAACUACGAGUCACUUAAGGAAGCUGCUUCAUCCGUCAACGUUGAAGAGAUCACCGAUGAUGGCGAGCGUAGAUACAAGAUCACUGAUAUCAUUGGAUUGCGUGAUGGUCUGGGUGUGGAGUGUCUCAAGGGAUCUGGAUUGAUUGCCGGUGAAACCACUCGCGCCUACGAUGACAUCUUUACCAUCACUUUAGUCACUGCUAGAUCUGUCGGUAUAGGUGCUUACCUCGUCAGGUUGGGUCAACGUGCUGUUCAAGUUGAAGGUCAACCAAUUAUCCUCACUGGUGCUCCUGCUCUCAACAAGGUUCUUGGUCGUGAAGUCUAUACCUCCAACUUGCAACUUGGUGGUACACAAAUCAUGCACAAGAACGGUAUCUCUCACAUUGUUUCUCCAAAUGAUCUAGAAGGUGCUAUUUCUAUUCUUCAAUGGUUGUCAUACGUUCCUGAACGCAAAGGAAAGCCAGUGCCAAUCUCACCACAAGGCGAUAGUUGGGAUAGAAUAGUCGAGUACGUUCCACCAAAGGGACCAUACGACCCACGUUGGUUCUUGGCAGGUAAAUCCGAAGACGAAGAAGUAGGUGAACCAAAGUUCAUGAAAGGUUUCUUCGACAAGGAUUCAUUCCAAGAAACGCUCGGUGGAUGGGCUCAGACCGUUGUCACUGGUAGAGCCAAGUUGGGUGGUAUUCCAAUGGGUACUAUUGCAGUCGAGACUCGCACAAUGGAGAGAAUCGUACCUGCCGACCCUGCCAACCCAGUCUCAUUCGAACAGCGUAUCAUGGAAGCUGGUCAAGUUUGGUACCCUAACUCCGCAUACAAGACCGCGCAAGCUAUUCAAGACUUCAACCGUGAAGAACUGCCACUCAUGAUCUUUGCAAACUGGCGUGGUUUCUCUGGUGGUCAACAGGAUAUGCUUGACGCCAUUCUUAAGGAGGGUUCCAAGAUUGUUGAUGGUCUCUCAUCUUACAAGCAACCUAUCUUCGUAUACGUUCUUCCAAAUGGUGAACUCAGGGGUGGUGCUUGGGUUGUCCUUGAUCCAUCCAUAAACAAGCCAAUGAUGGAGAUGUACGCAGACCCUUGGGCCCGUGCUGGUGUUCUUGAACCAGAAGGUAUUGUCGAGAUCAAGUACCGUCGUGACAAGGUUCUCUCCACCAUGAACAGACUCGAUUCAGAAUAUGCACGUCUGAAGAAAGAAACCGAGGACGUAUCAAAGUCAGCUGAAGAUCGUACGCUUUCCUCUGAGGCAUUAUUGAUGCGUGAAAAGGACCUUUACCCUACCUACCAACAAAUUGCAAUCUUAUAUUCAGACUUACACGACAGAGUUGGUAGAUUAUCAGCAAAGGGUUGCGCAUCUCCUUGUGAAUGGUUGGAAUCUAGGAGAUACUUCUACAAGCGUCUGAGAAGAAGAUUGGAUGAAGAAGCAAUCAUCAACAGAUUGGGCAAAGCUAACCCAUUGAUGGACAGGUCAGCUAGACUUUCAAUCCUAUACAACAUCUACUCUCAGAAGAAUGUCGACCUUGAUGACGACUCGAACAUUGCAUUAUUCAUUGAACGUGAAAGACAAGCUAUUGAUGAGAUUGUCCAACUGGUCCACUCACGUUACAUCGAAGCACAAAUUUCUCAAUUCUCUGCAGUCAACAGGCAAGGUACUUUGGAGGGUAUUGCUAAACUCAUGGACACACUUUCAGCGGAAGAGCGUGCUUCUCUUUCUAAAUUAUUAACUUAA